CCGAAUGGGACUUGGCCCUUCCUCAAGGUCCACCCCUUGAGGACAAAGCCAGCUGGGGACCAAGAUGGUCCCUCCCAGCACAAAUGGCUUCACACAGUUUGUUUCUGUUCCUGAGGGCCCCCACCCUCCCUAGGGCUCCUUCUCACUCCCCGCAGGGCACCUCAAGAAACCCUCCUCUGGCUGCUCCAUGAACAGGGCAUCCACAUGGCCAGCCCCCCAGGGUCGGGGCCUCAAAAGCUCUGGCACCCCAGGGUGCACGUCCUCCACCUCUACCUGACCCUCUUCCCAAGGCAACCCCGCCUGCCCCCCACGGCGGAAGGGACAGAGCCUGCCUGGAGAAAAGCAGGCUUGGGAGCAGAACUUCGGAAGACAAGCCCAGCCUGAGAUGUGGGUGGUGGCCCAGGGCCUGCGGCUGAGGUCCUGCCUCAGUUUCCCCAGCACGCUCCCCGAGGACUCAAUCUCCCCCUUUUCUGGUUCUUGCCCCUCACAGCCUAGUGCAGCCCUGCAGGGGACCCCAGCCGGAUCGGAGGGCAGUUCUGCUUCUCCACUGUCUGCUGCCCACCGGGGGCUGGGAUCUCGGACACCCUCCCCUCUCCGACUGGCCACCUUGCCCAGGCUCCCCACCGGUGCAGGAAGCCACCGCCCAGCCAUGGACGGGGAGGAGCAGCAGCCACCUCAUGAGGCCGACGUGGAACCUGUUGUGCCGUCGGAGGCUUCAGAGCCAGUGCCCAGGGUGCUUUCUGGAGACCCCCAGAACCUGUCCGACGUGGACGCCUUCAACCUGCUCCUGGAGAUGAAGCUGAAGCGGCGGCGUCAGCGGCCCAACCUGCCGCGCACUGUGACCCAGUUGGUGGCUGAGGACGGGAGCAGGGUGUAUGUGGUGGGGACAGCCCACUUCAGCGACGACAGCAAGAGGGACGUUGUGAAGACCAUCCGGGAGGUGCAGCCUGACGUGGUGGUCGUGGAGCUCUGCCAGUACCGUGUGUCCAUGCUGAAGAUGGACGAGAGCACGCUGCUGCGGGAGGCCCAGGAGCUCAGCCUGGAGAAGCUGCAGCAGGCCGUGAGGCAGAAUGGGCUCAUGUCGGGGCUGAUGCAGAUGCUGCUGCUGAAGGUGUCUGCACACAUCACUGAGCAGCUGGGCAUGGCCCCAGGCGGCGAGUUCAGGGAGGCCUUCAAGGAGGCCAGCAAGGUGCCUUUCUGCAAGUUCCACCUGGGUGACCGGCCCAUCCCCGUCACCUUCAAGAGGGCCAUCGCUGCGCUCUCCUUCUGGCAGAAGGUCAGGCUGGCUUGGGGCCUGUGCUUCCUGUCAGACCCCAUCAGCAAGGAUGACGUGGAACGCUGCAAGCAGAAGGACCUCCUGGAGCAGAUGAUGGCAGAGAUGAUUGGCGAGUUCCCGGACCUGCACCGCACCAUUGUCUCGGAGCGGGACGUCUACCUGACCUACAUGCUGCGCCAGGCCGCCCGGCGUCUCGAGCUGCCUCGGGCCUCUGACGCCGAGCCCAGGAAGUGCAUCCCCUCCGUGGUCGUGGGCGUCGUGGGCAUGGGCCACGUGCCUGGCAUCGAGAAGAACUGGAGCACCGACCUCAACAUCCAGGAGAUCAUGACCGUGCCCCCGCCGUCCGUCUCCGGCAGAGUGUCUCGGUUGGCCGUGAAGGCCGCCUUCUUCGGCCUGCUGGGCUACAGCCUGUACUGGAUGGGCCGCCGCACCGCGAGCCUGGUCCUGUCGCUGCCCGCCGCGCAAUACUGCCUGCAGAGGGUGACCGAGGCCCGGCACAAGUAGGAGACUGCUCCCCGCCCGCUCGGGCCCCUGAGGAGCUGGUGCCCCUGCGGCACUUCUGGGUGCCAGGUGCAUCCUAGCCCGCCGGAGGCCCCUGCCACCCCCCAUGGGGGUCUGGGCCCGGCCUCGCCUGCCCUCCUGGGCCAGUCACCCCUCCCCCAGCCCACCCAAAUAAAGGAUUAUUUAACUGUCUGAGCUCAGGCCUCCCGGCAGCCCCUCCCCUCCCACACUGCAGGGGCCGUUCACCGGCUUCUGGACAAGAUGCCCGGCUCCGAGGGGGCAGGGGCUUGUAGGAGGGGCUGAGGCGUGCGCUGCCCUCUCAGCCCUGGUGGCGGGCGGGGGACAAUGGCCACUGUCCCUACCUCACUGUGCCUUCCUGUGCUCCAGCCACGGGAGCGUCGGCCCAGGGGCGGCUCCUUGGGGCUCCAGGGCAGGCGAGACUGGGAAAGGCCCAGCCCUCGAGCUCCAGCCGACCCCAUCGUGCCCCUGGCAUCCUGGCGCCGGCCGCCACCUCCCCGGCACCGUCUGCCUGCAGGGAUUCUGUGUUUUUGGCUUUUUUAAUGUCUCAAAAUCUUUUACUCAGGUAAUUUUAAUUUCAAAGAGAAAAACUGAAGUAAAUGUCAAAAAACACCAGCCUUAAAUCCAGAGGGACAGACUUCGUGUUCUUGGGUCUGUCCCGAGUGGGCUUUCAGCCAAACAUCAGCUCUGGGUCCAAGCGCGGCCUCAGCUGGGAGCCUGUGUCCUGAGCCCCCGGAGCGAAGGGGUGCCUGGGGCGUCUUGGCCCUCUGUGGGCAGACAAUGUGUGCAUCUAUGUGGAAGGCCAAGGACAUGGGCUGUGGCCAGGCCUGCCCCACUUAGGCCCCCUACCCGGCAGCCGUCUGUGUGUGGGGCCUCCCUCCUGGCUGUCCAGGACACGGCCUGUGCAGCCCCAGCCUGGACCCAGGCCAUCUCUGGUUGUGUCUGUGCCGACUCAGUGUUGAAUCAAAUCAGGUGUGCGUCAGGAGCUGGCCGUGUCCUUCCUGCCACACUCGGGGAUUCAUUCCUUAGAAACUGAAAUAAAUUCUAAUUUUGGAAA